GCGGCCGCACGGGUCGCCCGUUCGAGUCCUGUCUGAUGUAUAGAGCCGUAAUUAGGUUAACCAUUAGCUAGUAUGUUUGUUGUUAGUAAAAGUGGAGUGGAAAAAUAGAAUAGUGAAUUUUAAUGUUUUUAUAAUAUUAAUGGAUAAUUAGUUUUGUGUUUGACGCAGUAUUUUGUAGCUAAACAAACUUUGUGAAGUGUAUACUUUGGAACUGAAGUGCUCGUUUUCAGAUUUCGUCAUAGUAAUCAAAAUUAGGCAUAAAACACAAAAUGGGUUGCGGUUCAUCGACGACAGCGGUUCCUGUGACGGAGGAGACGGCCAAUGGUGCAGCGAAGACCUCGAACGGUGCAGGAAUGAAGGGUCACCACCAUGAUGACCAUGACGACUUGCCAACCGUCGUACUGCCUGAAACACCGAUUUUACCCAAACCACCGGUGGCCUUCGAGAUUCCAGUUGAAGAGUUCGAUGGUGCGAAGCGUCUGUCGACUCCACCAGCUCACCUGCAGAGGUUGCUCCAACCAGUGCAGCCUGACAUCAGCCUGCCUGACAUUGAGGAGAAGUUGGCUGAAGCUGAACAGAGGAGGCAAAGCAUCCUGCAAGCGAGAGCAGCAUCUGCGCAGAAGAGAGCACAAAAAAUUAUGAAGAAUGUCCAGGAGAUGGACAGGCUCGAUUCGGAACAUGAACACUCAGAGCCUACAAAACAUGUAACAAACAGUUUGACCAUCCCUCCAGAGCCUGGCGUGUGUGAAGAUAAAAAUAUUUGAUAGAAUAAAAACUGUGAA